AGGGAAAAUACUGUAUACACACAUUCGACUGUCUCAGAGACUUGUACAAUAUUCUCGAAUAAUAUUCUCGGUUCGAGAAUCUUGACACAUACAUAGGCGAUAUACAGUCAUAUAUUAACGUCAAAAAUGGAGGACCUAUCCUCCCUCGAAGGACCCCCAAUGCAAGAUGAGCGCUUUUCUCCGGUCUCCCUUGCAAUACAAUCUCCCGUCUCCCCAGAAGACACCUACAUCGCCUACAAUCCAUACCGAGACAUACCUCAAGGAUCCGUAUCGCCACUGACAUCCGCGACACGAUCCGUCGAUGCGCGAAGCUCCAUAUCCAGUAUUCGACCAACCCUACGAACAUCAAGAAGUCAUUCCGCUCUCCGUGAGGAUGCGACUGAUAUCCCCCGCCGGCCAGCAAGUACAGAUAACAGCAAUAAUCCUAAUACUCUCAGCAGUAACAACACGACAGCCCCGUUUUGGUUACUUGUGAAUGGACGACUGGUCUGGAUUGAGGAUUUGCAGUUAUGGGUUCUCUGGGAUGAUGUGGUUGCAUCGAGGGAUUUGAGUGCGUAUUAUUCUCAGCAGCAGCAGCAGCAGCAGCAACAACAGCAACAACAGCAGAAUCACCGACAAGAGAACGAGAGGCAGAUUAGGACGUGGAAGAGUCUACCGCCUUUACCGCAUGAGAUUCAUCAUUUGUUACCCGUGUCCAGCACAGAGGGCGGUUUUGAUGGUGAUGGUAUACGACGGCAGGAUCAGUAUUACGCGCAGACCACCAGUGCAGCAAAUGCGAGGAUUCAGUUGCAGUGGGCGAGUUUGGCAGGACAAUUGGAGGUCACAAUCGUCACAGCCGUCAUAUUUGAAUCCUCAGUCACAACCGGUUCAGCGAGGUGGUUAUCAUUACUAUUCAUAACGGUCAGUCCGUUCGGCGAUUAUGGGGAAUCGGAAUAA